CAGAACCUCCAUUUAGAGCGGGAGAAACGCAAAAUUUUCCCCCAAUCCGCCUCCACCUUCUUCGAAUCAUUCUCGGCUCCUCUCUCCCCGGCCCGCUCGAGAACCUGGGUCCGCCAUGGCGACGCUCUUCCUCGCCCUGCAGUGCGUGGAGUGCUCCACCAUGCAGGUGAAGCAGCAGAAGAAGAGCAGCAACAAGUGGGCGUGCGUGGUGUGCAACCGGCGCCAGUCCGUGCUCCGGGUGCACGCCCGCGGCUACCGCGCCGCCGACCUGCGCCGCUUCGUCCAGGACGCGAACCUCGCACGCGGCCGCGGCGCGCCCGUGCGCGAGGCGGACUGGGACCCGCCGGUGGCCGGGGAUCAACAAGACGAGCCCCCGAGGGAGAAGAAGCGGAUGGACUGGUCCGAGUACCUGGACGACACCGGGGAGCGUCAUGCCGGCCGCGGCUUUGCCGAUUCUCGUGAUGAUGGGAUUGAAGUGACAACUGAGCUACCCCAGGAAAGACCUAAAGCUCCUUCCUUGAAGAGGCCCCGAAAAGCCCAAUUGGGUGUAGCUGGAAAGAGGCCCAAACCACCAAUCAACCCCUCUUUAUCCAAGAUGCAGCAAAUGGAACAAGGUCCAACUUGCUCAACUGUCUGCUCUGCAACUUCUACUGCUGAAGCACAAAGAUCAAAGUUCAGCAAGUAUUUGGACAGUAGCUUCUUUGAAGAUAGAAAUCAGGAGGGUUCUGGGCUCCAUUGGACUGACCUUGAUGAAAGUGCUCCCACUACUGAGGUAGUGGUGGAUGAUGAGUGUAUCUGCUCAACCUCUUACUACGCACCCACCUUCAUCCUUGGAGUUUCAGAUACAUCUAUGUUACUAAGAUAUUCUUAUCUUCAGAUAAGUGUUGGAUUAGGAAUAGGAAUUAUAACUCGGAAUGUUUUGUUUCAUGUAUAGACAGUUAGGCACUACUGCAGGAGCCCAUAAUGCAUGAAUAUAUUUAGCUUUCUUCAGUUAUUAAUAUUUGAACAUAUAUAACAUGAUGGUGCUAAAACCAAUGGAAACAUGUUCUAAACUGCCAGUCUCUGCUCUCUAGUUGACCGAGCACCAAACA